UCACUUUAUAUAAAGGUAGGUUUGUGUUAACAGUACAUCAAUAGCAAAUAUAAAAGUGCAAAGGUUGCGUCGCUUUCCUCAAUCGCUCCACCUUGGUGAUGAUAAGUGAGCUCGAAGCAUCGUCCCAUCAUCCCUGCCCCUGCGCGCACCCCGCCCAUCUCCGUUCCACUUCAGCAGCGCUUCCUUCUCAUUCAGCAAACGCACUGUCCUGUGGCGAGAGAGAGGGGUCCUUUCCAGCCCACGGCUGAACAAAAGAAGCCUGAAAGGAAGAAAAUCUAUCAAACACUUCUUUAAAGCCGGGACGUCCUCUGAAUUGCAGUUUUUCUUCCAGUUUUCCAUUGCGCUUUUAUGAUACCUCUGCGCAUUUUGGAGAUUCCAAAAGGAGACGCCGGGAAUCUUUGUAAUAGCCGUCUAUUGUCAGCGUGACAUGGGGUCACAGCGCAGGGCGAUGACCUGUUUUUCACCUGUCGUUCUCCGAAACGUUGGACUCGUGGACGUCUAAACAGGUUUACACGCGGGAAGACUUUCUCCAAUACGCGCUCAGAUGCUCACCCGGGUCUGUGUCCGGUUUUGGCACCAAUUUUUGAAACGAUCGCCCGAAGCCGGCGCAGAGAUCUCACUGUCCGGGGUGUCGUUGGAGCGAUGCAGUCCAUCCUCUCCUCGGCAGUCUUGCUAUGCUUCCAGGCUCUGUUACUGCUGUACAGCCCAUUACAGGUGUUAGCAGUGGAAAAUGUUAACUUUGGAGUGCACGUGGAGAAUCAGACAGGGCUGCGGGACGGUCUGAGUCGGAAGCACCACAGAGUUUAUCAACUGUACAGCCGGACGAGUGGAAAACAUGUGCAGGUGCUCGGGAAGAACAUUACCGCUGUGGGAGAGGAUGGAGACAAAUAUGCUCAGCUCGUGGUGGAGGCCGACACCUUUGGGAGUCAAGUAAGGAUACGAGGGAAGGAGACAAACUAUUAUCUGUGCAUGAACCGAAAGGGCAAGCUCGUGGGAAAGAAAGCCAGCAAUGUAAACGGAGGCUGUGUUUUCAUUGAAAUAAUGCUGGAGAACAACUACACCGCUUGGAUGUCGGCACGUUACGCGGGCUGGUACGUGGGCUUCACCAAAAAGGGACGGCCACGCCGGGGACCAAACACGUUACCCAAUCAGCGAGACGUGCAUUUCAUGAAACGCUUCCCUCCGGGUGAACAGCCCGACCUGCAGCCCUGUAGCUUCACCACUGUUAGCAAGAGGAGCAAAAGAGUCCAUCCGGCCCCCACCUCUCCUCAACCGCUCCCAUAAUGCAACACACCCGACAAACACUGGCCAAAGGACGACUUCUUACAAAGGAUAUAGAGACGCUCGAGUGAAACACGACUCGGACCGACCUCUCAUUAGAAGUCAAAGGAUGAGGCUGAAUGAACACUGUGUAAUCACGCAAGCAUAACCAAAGACUUCUGGGCAAGCGUCCAGAAUCUUAACCCUGACAAGGGGACCAAGCACUUCAGGCACUGUGCAAGUCUUAGGCCACCAUUAGAUUUGUUGGUUGGCAAUUGACCAUAUAGAAUUAUUUCUCAGUCUAUUUACCGAUACACAACAAGAACAUAUAGGAAAUUUGUAUGCGGGAUUAAAAAUAAGCUAAGCUAUAAGCUAAAGAUGUACCACGAGGUGUCGCACUAAAUACCGACUAUGUUUUGUGUACAUAUUUCCUGUAUUUUAUGUUUGAAUUUUAAUAAAGAGAGAGUAAAAGAUAAACCUGUAUGGUCAUUAAAACUUGCUAAAACAACAGCUGGUGGUGGCAAAAGACUUUUGCACAAGACUGUAUUCCUCGCAAACGCCUAGUGUCCCAGUAACUUGUACACGCCUGGAAGACUGGUCAUACUCGACCAGACAAGACCUGUGGACGAACAUGUUCACGUAUGAAGAGGAUUAAAAGACCUGUUUCGUGUGCUUAUCAAUGUGUCAACUGUGGGCCUAUAAGAUCCUUGCUCGACUGGGUAGGGCUGGGUAUCGAUUCGGAUGUUCCAGAUCGAUUCGAUUUCGAUUUACAAGCUAUCAAAUCGAUUCGGUUUUCGGUUCCGAUUCUCGGGUCGAUUUUCAGACUCGAUUCAUCUCAAUAAAUAUAGAUUAUAUAGUACAUUAUAUUAGAAUAUUAUAUAUUUUAUGAGAAUAUAGACUGAAUGAAUGACAGGCUCGCCUCUCGCUCCUUGGUAACAUCGCGCAAGGCAAAAAAAGAGGGUGAGAUUCUAGUGGAGAAGACUAGUAAUUAGAUUAACGUUAAUUUUACGUUCAAUGUUUGCAGAAAUAACAUAGACUUUAAAAAAAGAUGGGCGACGCAACGUCGCCUCCCUCCAUUGUAAUGAAUUGAAGGAAAAAAUGUUCGACCAUGUUACGUAAAAACGUCAGUUUGGAGCCAAGGCAUGCGCAAAAGGAAUCGUCCGUAGAGCCAGAGCCGCGGUAUCAAACUUCCGCCCAAACGCUCGCGUGACCAAUUCAACCACGUCAAUCAUAACGACACGCCCCAUUUCUAUAGCAUCAAAUUACUAGCUAAAAUGAAAACGUAUCACAAAAAUUAACAAUUGAACAUAUAUCAGCGUGAUAACAACUACUUGAAAGUACCAAAACCAUCUUUCAGAAACUUUAUGGGGCGGUUUCCCGGACAGGGAUUAGACUAGUCCUAGACUUAAACACUUUUAAGAGCUCUCCAAACUGAAAACAACUUGCACUUACAUAUCCUAAAAUACAUCAGUGCCCUUUGUUUUACCCCAAAAUGCACACAGGUAAUGUUUUUAGUAAGGCAUGUUUGUUAAAACUAGUUAUAUUUCCUAAUUAAACUAAGGCCUAGUCCUGGAUUAAGCUAAUCCUGGUCCGGGAAACCGCCCCUAUAUUUUUUUAAUUUAGAGCAGAGUCCCAUUCGUUUGAAUGGAGAGGGCGAGUUUAUAACUUGUACUGCAGCCAGCCACCAGGGGGCGAUCAAAGAGCCAGCAGCUUCUCUUUUCAAGACUAAUGCUGCGUUUACACCAGCCGCAGUAGAGGCGGCAAGCGCGGAUGAUUUACAUGUUAAGUCAAUGCAAAGACGCGAUUAGGCAUCCUGCGGCACAGUACGUGCGAAUUGAGCAUUGCCGCGGGAACCGCACGAGCUCAAAAAUCUGAACUUCGGCGGAUUUCCGCACCGCGUUAACCAAUCAGGACCUUGUAGUGACGUGAUUACAGAAAGCGAGCGGAAUGGCGGAGUCGCAGAAGCCCCUCCCAUGACACGAAUUUCCGUGUGAAUUUCUCGAAUGACUAGAAUUUCACGCAAGAAUGAAACAAGUGAACUCAAAUGUUCAAGCGUCCAACUACCGCGGCUGGUGUAAAUGCACUAUUAUGAGGCACACCCAGGAAAUAAAUAUGAAAAAACACGAUUCGUGGCCUUUGAGAAGCGAUUUUGAAUCGACCACGUAAAAAACCUGAUUAAUCGAAAAUAUUUUUUUGCCCAGCCCUACAACUGGGUCUGUAGCCAAAGUCCAUCAGAAUGUAUUUGUCGAGAGACUUUCCAGGUGAACGUCUGUUGUUUGCUUGAUCUAGACAAGAGCUGAUGGUUCCAGACAUCAGUAAUAGCAUAAAAUAUAAAUACAAGAGAUCCAGAAUCUGUCCACAAAAAUACAGAAGAUAAUGAAAUGCUAAUUUGAUAAACAUUUUUAGCUACCUAGUAUUUAAAGUAUGUGCAUGCUGUGUGGGCCAAAGUAUUCCGCAUACAUCCGACAGAGAUUUUUAUCCAAAGUGACUUACAGUGUGUUUAAGCUGUAUAUUUUAUGCAUUUCCUGGGAAUUAAACCCAUGACCUUGGUGUUUCUGGCGCAGUUUUAAACCGAAUUCUGAUCAGCACUGAUGUUUAAGCUGGUAAAGUUACUAUCCAGCGGGAGCAACGGCAUGGGUUGAUUUUCACUCUUAGAUAGCUACACAUGUAUCAGAGUUAUUAUAACGGACUCAGGAGCUUUCGGCCCUGUAAGUAAUGUUAUACAAAAACAGUUGGUGUUCGGCAAAUUCCUAUGCCCCCAAAACCUUGAGAUGAAAUAUUUUGAUACUAUUCGUGCUAUUAAAAUAUUUAUUUUGUGUAUGCAAUGAGUAAUGGGUUUUAUAUUGUCCAUGACAACUGCACUAAGGGUCCAAAAAAUCUCUACAGCACCUAUUAUUGCCACCUAGUGGUCCUGGGGGAUAUAAACCAAGAUGUAAAUGUUCCAUAAAGGGCAUUUAAUAUGGUCAUCGUUUUCCGAUUUUCAUCCCUACAUCCAUAUUUCCUCAUUCGGAUCUAAAUACAGAUCAUUUAUGUACCAGAUAAUGACCAUCUUGGAAUUACUACUCAAGCUGAAAAAUUAAUGGGUGAUAGUUUUCGGAACUAAUAAUAAUAAAGUUUUAGCUUCGCCUA